AUGCUUGACAAACUGCCAAACGAACUCUUACUCUGGAUCUGCAGAAGCCUCAAUAAGAAGGAUAUAUCUCAGUUGAUAGCUUGCUGCUGGGAAACUGCAGCACCUUGCACGAAAGCUCUCUUUGAUUGUCUGCAGCACGAUGAGAUGCCACCUCUUUAUCGAGCCAUCCUCAACCGACGACUAGACAUUGCGCGACUUUUGUUGACUCAUUAUCAUACAAGUCCCAACUCCGAGUAUCGUGGUAUAAGCACACUUCUGCUCUCUAUUCAGAUGGGCUACUCACAGGCCGUUGAUCUCCUUUUGGAAUAUCAUCCACAACUCUCCCACAUCUGCGACUUUCAAGGUCGGGGCCCAUUGUCAAUUGCGGUCACAAAAGGCAGUUUCGCCAUAGUUGAAAGCCUGUUGCAGUACCCACCGCUUGAUGUCAAUGACCGAUGCACGGACGGUAUGUGUGCUCUGAUGUACGCGGUCGAUCACGCCGAGCACGCCAUUUUUAGCCAUCUUCUGAGCGAUUCCCGCGUGGAUGUAAAUGCUGAAGAUUGCUUUGGGGAGAAUGCUCUACGUCGCGCAGUCCGAAAAGCGGACUAUGUUUCGGUACAGAUAUUGGCUCGGAACCCUCAUGUGUGUGUCAAUUCGUGUGACGCACAUGGGAACACAGCUCUCCUACUCGCGGUCAAAUCCAUCAAGGGGAAAUGUUCGCGUCAGGUUGUGGAAUCACUGCUACUUAACCCAAGACUUGAUAUCAAUCACCGGAACUUCAGGGGGCGUACAGCAUUGUGGCAUGCGGUGGAUGCGCAACAUGAAGAGCUCAUGCAGCUUCUUUUGGUCCAAGAGAAUCUUACUUUGAAUGAUGCCGAUGAUGGCGGGUUUACACCUCUUGCGCGGGCAGCAGAGCAUCAAGAUCCUCGCUUCCUGCAGAUUCUUCUACGCCAGCCAGGAAUAUGCAUCAAUGCCACAUCGGGCCUCGUCCCACCGUUGUGGGCAGCAUGUCGGGCAGGUUCGCUGGCCACGGUCCAGAGCUUGUUGAGCCAAAAAGCCAUCCAGAUCAAUCGAAAAGCCCCCACUGGAACGUCUCCUGUACACGUAGCUGUCAUCAACCAACACUCAGAUAUCGUGUCUUUUCUUGUCUCACAGAAGGGGAUCGCAUUGAAUGAUGUGGGACCGUCUGGUUUCACGGCGCUAAUGUUUGCUGCAGCAAACGGGUAUACCACGUGUGUUGAAUCUCUGUUGCGCCACCCAAAUAUCGAUCUUCCAUGUCAUCGAAGGUUGAUUCAUUGUCAGCAGAAGUUGACUUGUUUUCAGCUAAAAUGGAUGAUGCGCGGAAGGACUUUCAUCUAA